GGGCUGGCCCAGAGCCCAGGGACAGUCGGGCCUUAUAAAGCGCCGGCAGUCGGGGCCCGGCACGCUCCCCCGGAGCCUGCCGCCCACAGCCUCUCCCGUCCACCCCUGCCCGCCUGGCCAGGGCCCGGCUCCCACCCGUGGAUGAGCCACAGGACCUCCUCCACCUUCAGAGCGGAGAGAAGCUUCCACUCGUCCUCCUCGUCCUCCUCGUCCUCCUCGUCCUCCUCGGCCGCCCGAGCCCUGCCAGCCCAGGACCCACCCAUGGAGAAGGCCUUGAGCAUGUUUUCUGAGGAUUUUGGCGGCUUCAUGCGGCCCCACUCGGAGCCCCUGACCUUCCCAGCCCGUUCGGGGGGGCCGGGCAACAUCAAGACUCUGGGGGAUGCCUAUGAGUUUGCAGUGGAUGUGAGCGACUUCUCCCCUGAAGACAUCAUCGUCACCACGUCCAACAACCAUAUCGAGGUGCGAGCUGAGAAGCUGGCGGCUGACGGCACGGUCAUGAACACCUUCGCUCACAAGUGCCAGCUGCCGGAGGACAUGGACCCCACCUCGGUGACCUCGGCCCUGAGGGAGGACGGCAGCCUCACCAUCCGGGCGCGGCGACACCCACACACAGAACAUGUCCAGCAGACCUUCCGGACAGAGAUCAAAAUCUGAGGGCCCCCCUUCCCCUGCCCUCCCCCAAGCCCCACCUUCUCCCCACUGGCCCGCCAGAUUUUUCCCACCCCCGCCCCCCGACAGCUUCCAGGACAUCUCAGCCCAGGCUCCAGCCCUGACCCCCCAAGACCCCAGGUGGGUAGCCCUGCCCCGAAACUGAGGCCUUCGGCUCUGCCCUUGCCUGCCUGCGGCUCCAGGUUCCAGAUGUGGCCUCUUUCACCGAAGCCAGAACAAAGGGAUUGGGGUGGGGCAAGGAAGACCCCAGAAAGCCCACUUGGGGAAGGGAGAUGAGGAGAGGCAGGAUCUCUGGGCAAAUAAUCUGCAGGACAGACAGACAGACAGACAGAUGCUUUGAUCUACGGAGUCUCUGCAGGGCAGGGGCAGGGAAGGGGGCCUGGGACCCCCUUGGCCACAAGGUGAAGGGGAGGCAGAAGGAGAGGCACGGGCAGAUCUCCAGGGGCACCAGGGGCCCGCGGAGGCAGCUUGAUGGAAACCUCCACUCUCCUGCCUGCUAAGAUCCGCACCAGCUGUCAGGCUGCCUGCGCACCGGGCACCCCCGUCCAGCCAGCUGUGGCAGCGCAGGGCACCUGGAUACAGACGGGGUUUUUCCAAUACAGCUGGUUCGUGAUAAACUGUGUGAAACUCCUGCCACCUGCUACCUGCCCAUGCCCCCAGGCGAGGCCAGGCUGAGGGGUGGGGCUGGUCCUUCUCCUGCGCCCCCACCCCCUUCCCUGCCAGGCCUGGGCUCCUGGGGCUGGCUCCGUGCAGACAAUCGCCGGAGACAGAAGCGGGACGCAGAGCACGGCCUGGUCUCACAGUGAGACCAGUGGCUUGCCACCCUGCCCCUUGGCCAGUCGCCUCCCUUAUCCUUUCCCCUCUUUAAUCUAUGAAUCUACAGGCUUGGUGUGUGUAUACCACACAUGCAUGCACACCCUACCAUCCUUCAAAUCCUGUUGCCAUUAGUUGAGUCCAAAUUCAGACCAUUCUAAAGUCAGAUUUCAGCCUCCAUUUUUAUCAAUGGGGAAACGGAGUCUCUGGGCAACUGAUCGCCCCACUUGCUCGCUGAAGGGUGGAUGUGAACCCAGGGAGUCAGAAGCUGCUCUCAGACUGCCCGCCACCCCUCCGUGCACUGGGAAGUCGCUCCCCUCUCUCUGCCUCUCUUGCUCUGUGGCCCCUUCCCCACAUCUUCCUGCCGGAGACUGCCCCCAACCCAGCUCCCUCCUGGUCCCCAGGCCCAGGCAGGACCUCCAGUCAGCCUUCAUUUGGGGUCGCCGGGGCUGCCCCAGUGACCCUGGCUGUCUCCACAUAUGAAAGCCGGGGUAAGGUGGGGGAUGGUUCACAGUUAGUCGCGGGUGGGGGUGGGGAGGAGGGCCCUGGGGCAAGUGGCAGAGCCAGCCUCUGCUCUCUGGGCCUCUUGGGUCAGUGUCCUGUAGGGUGGCUCUCACCCCGGCCAUAAUGGGGCCCUUAGGGGAUGUUUGGGUGGGAGGGCAUGGAGGGUCCUGGCAUUGUACCCUGCACACAUAAUAAAUGACAGAA